GGGCUGCGAGGCCUGGGUCGGGAAGGGCCGCGCGGGGCCGCUCGGAGUGGAGGCCGCCUACGGGCGGGUAGGCUGCAGGCGCAGAUGGGCAGUACCCUCGGGGAUUCAGGUGGGCUGAACUUGGCCUUAUGGUGCUUCUGUACUAAUUCACCUUCUAAAUGAAAUGAUUUGGAUUUCUGAAACCAGAGCAGUCAGCAGUUGCUGUAGACUUUUCUCAGCAUAAUCGGUGCAUGUGAAGAUUUCUUGGCAGUUUAGUGUGGAAACCAUUGAUCACCUGCCGUGAUUUCUGCCUGCGUUGACAAGGGAGAGUGCCCAAAUGAGCAAGAUACUGCAGCAAAACAGUACUCCAGGAGUGAAUGGAAUAAGUGUUAUUCAUACCCAGGCACAUGCCAGUGGCUUACAGCAGGUUCCUCAGCUGGUGCCGGCUGGCCCUGGAGGAGGAGGCAAAGCUGUGCCUCCAAGCAAACAAAGCAAAAAGAGUUCACCUAUGGAUCGCAACAGUGAUGAGUAUCGUCAGCGCAGAGAGAGGAACAACAUGGCUGUGAAAAAGAGCCGGUUGAAAAGCAAGCAGAAAGCACAGGAUACACUGCAGAGAGUGAAUCAACUCAAAGAAGAGAAUGAACGGUUGGAAGCAAAAAUUAAACUGCUGACUAAGGAAUUAAGUGUACUUAAAGAUUUGUUUCUUGAGCACGCACACAACCUUGCAGACAACGUGCAACCCAUUAGCACUGAAAAUACAGCAAAUUCCAACAGUGCAGGACAGUAGACCUCCGCUUUUCCAAACGUCACAACUCGUGGCUUGAACGUUAAAGGUGUGACUUACACCGCUCAUAUCAAUGGCUAAAUGUUGUCUCGUUCCAUUAUUCAAAGAUCCAUUGAAGUUUGUGUUCUAGGAUUAGCACUGAAGAGUUGAUUAGCUAAACAUGUUAGCCAUGUAAUUUGAAUAUUUGGUUUUAAAUGAUACGGAUUUUUGUGGGGAACAAAAAAAAUUUUUUAAGGUAUGUGGUAAAAAAAAAAAAAACCUUGGACCUUGAUGGUCUUUGUAAAUCUUGAGACCCCAAGCGAUACUGCUUUUUCAGGUGGACAGAAGGAAUGGGGGCCUGGCAGAUCAGGCAGCAGUUUCCUUAUUUUAGUGAGUAUGGUUCCUUAGAAAGGUUGAAUGCCAUCUGUGUUAAUAUAUUUGUGUUUUUUUCCUAAACUAUGUAUUAAAAAUCCUUAGAGCUAUAGAAACUAAUCACUUUGUAAUUUGGAGUGAUUUUAUGUAUAGCAUAAAUCCCAUUUUAACGUAAUUAGUACUUUUUUUUUCCAGCAAGUACAAGUUGUUUUUUAACAGCGAUACCAGGUUGAGUAAAGAAACUUCACUGCAUUUUGAAGGCAGUUUGCAGCCGAUUGACUUAAAAAUAUAAUUAACAUUUAGGAAGUAAAUAGAUUUUCUUUUUUCUUAAAUACAAGUAAAGCAUAUUAGAAUUACGCUUUUGGGAUACCUUUGGGAUAUUGGAUUCACAUUAUUUUGUUGCCUGAAAAAAAUCGCAGUGGUUUAGAGAAACUUGCAUACCACAAUUUUAGUUUCUGCAGAUGCUAGUGAAGUAGGCAUUUUUGGGGUAACAUUUUGGCGGCCAAGUUAGUAAACAUAGUGUCUUAACAGUUUGAUCACACAGGCUACCGAUCAGGACGUGGAAUAUUAACUCAGCAGGUAGUUUCUGCUGUGUUCGAAAGACCUGCUGUGGGGCGAUGAUUUUUAAAGGCAAAAAUUUCUCGUGAAGGACCAUUUUAGUAUUUGAUCUUCAGUAGCUGAUUAUUAGACAAAUGUAUCCCCAACUCCAUGCCAUCUCCCAAAAAUACUAGUCCAAAAAAAACUUGAAAGUGUAAGGUGUGAACUUUUAAUUUAUUUCACUUAAAUACAUCUUUUUGUUAUUUUUGUGACAUUUCUUUUUCUAGUUGGUGGCUGCUCCUCCAGACUUUUUGUACUGCUGCUUCUGUUUAUUCAUUUGCAUGCUUUUAUGUUCCAUAAAUUAUUUUAGAUUGAAAAUAGAUAAAACUCAGGAUAUUGACAUUUGUGUGGAGACUAAAAAAUGGCCAAUCACUAAAGUAAGGAUUCUCUAGAGUCUGGCUUAUAACCAUGUUGGUAAUUUUGAUUGUCCUUGUUAACUGUUUUUUUUUUUUUUUUCCAGCACAAUUCUAGCUCAGAUUUGUUGGCUUUUUUUGUAUUUUUUUUAUGCCUGGGUUGGUGAUGAGAGACUGAAUCACAUCUGAUUAAAAAGUUUGUGUUACCAGGUAUCUCAUUUGAAUAUGACCAUUUUUGGCCACAUUACUGUUCAUACAAGGAGGCAGCCGUUACGUAACUCAGUAUAACCGAGGUGGCACCCUUGGGUUUGUGGAGGAGGGCUGAUGUGCUGUUCUCCCAUCCCGAAGACAUCACAGUGCCUUGUAACUCAGCAGAGCCACUGUUAAAGCCACGGGCCCCUUGUGAAUGUAAGAGACAGAAGCCUGGUGUUGUCGCAUGUGAGACACCGAGCCAGGAAACAGGAUGGAGGUUUCCUUAGGGCCCAAUACCAGUGUACUUUGGUUGGAGUAUUGACCCACCUGUAAAGAUUGAUAGGCAUUUUGAAUAACUAGGACACCCCACAGAAUCUGUAAUAGCUCAUUGAUCUUAUCUAAUUAGCCUGAUUGGAGAUGCAGUUAGUUCACUUGGCUCUUUAGACACCAAUAGUAGGUGUUACAUUUUCAUGUUUUAUUUACAAAAAAAAAAAAAUCUUUCAGAAAUUGAUGUCCCUGUGGAAUUGAUGGUUACCAGUUAUAUGAA